AUGAUCAUCUUCUACGACCUCACCUCCUCUCUAGAACCUAAACUAACCUGGGACCACCGGUCAUGGACAGCCCGACUCAUGCUCAACUAUACUGGGAUUCCCUACGCGACGAGAUGGAUCGAUUACCCCGAGAUAGAGCCUACUAACAAGCAAUAUGGGUUGCAGCAGCCCACACACGGCGGUCAGGGGAAUGCAGAUGGAAGUGAGCAGUACACGCUUCCAGUUAUCUACGAUGAAGAGACGGACGUUGCUGUCGCGGGUUGUUUCGACAUUGCGAGGUAUCUGGAUGAGAAGUGGUCUACCAUGGGCUCCAAGUCCCAGUCCGCACCACCCAGACGACCAACAUACGCAAAGCCCAAGUUCAUACCAGACGGGACAGACACCCUCCAAGCCGCAUUCGCCGAUGCAACCUUUCAGGCUCUCAAACCCGGUAUCCUACUCUUGCUUCCUCUGGUAGUGACGAUCCUCCAUCCCGAGAGCCAGCGCCAUUACCUCAAGGAGCGGUGUAUGCUUUAUUACGGAGGUGAGAUGGACAGCGAGGAAGGGAUGUUGGCGGAGCUGUCUGGUGAAAAGAGUUUGGAGAUGUGGAGGGUGUUUAGGGAGGGAUUGGAUAGGAUUGAUGGUUGGUUUAGGCGGAAUGAAGUCGGGUCGAUGUCGAUGUCGAUGUCAGCCUCCUCCGACGCUGUCUUCGACCGAAUCCUAAUCCAUUUUCAUAUCUAUCCUCGGCCCAAGUCUGCUAGGAGUAUGGAUGCUGUCUUCCAAGCCCUGUCCUCCUACGGGGAUGACAAGAUACUGGAAAAACUCACGCGUUACAUCCUCUUUUCGCGCUAUUGCCGGGACGAGAUCAUUUUGGCGCAACCCCCAACUUCACUGCCAAACGAGGUCCCUCAGGAUUUACCCCCAAGUGUAGUGCAGUUCCUCAUCAAAAGCUGUGGAAUGUCGGAGGAGGAGGUUGAGCAGUGCUGGGAACACAUGGGGGCAAUGAUAUGGGAGCUUCCCGUGCUGGAUGAUGAUGAGAUCCGACGUACAUUUCUGACCCAUGGUGUAGAGAAUGGAUUCCCCUUUCAGAAAGCGCUAUGGCCACCGUCGCAAAUGUGCCUCAACCCUGGAUGCAACCGAACGUCAAAAGGGCGAAAGAUGCAGGUUGCUGAACAGCGAAAAGUAAUCCUGUAUACCCUUUCACAUGGGCCUGUACCAACCUGGUGUGUCCAUUUGAAGUGCCUUGACUGCAAGACCACCUAUUUCCAUGACUAUUCCGUUCAGAAUCAGGAGCGUCGCUACUACGACCAACUUCCAAACGCAUUGCAGGUUGCCGACCACCAUUUCGUGGAAUAUAGGCUCGUUCAGAUGUGGAAGGCCAACAUGAACUUGGCCUGGAUGUCGGCAAGUAAUUGCGCAGCGACAUACAAGCAGAUGUUUACAAACGAGAUUACAUCCAACUUCCCAAAGGAAUGGGGUUUCGAGGUUUCGCUGAGCGGGAGGCACGUCUAUGAUGCCUUUACCCUUUCGAGCCUUCUGGAAUUCUACCAGCUUCACGAGAAGACCGCUUUGGUGGUGCCUCACGAUGGAGAGCAGGCCAAUCGCUUCGACAGUGCGGUGCGCCAAAGGAACCAGCAGAUCCGUGACUUUGGUCAACCUGCUCUGGGGCAUGCAUGUUCCAAGUGUGUGCGCCUCUACCCUGCAACGGAUACCCGAGCUGGCUAUCAGGUAUCAGCAGUAGUCAUGGAUGGGAUCACGAUUGGACGCCCUCGAUGUCGGGAACCUCACUGCCCUAUCCCUCUCGCCAACAUUCGCAACGACAAGUACUGUCCAGAGCAUGCGGACAAGGGUGCUACGUGCGUUGUCAAAGGCUGCAAAACCAAGGCAGAAAAGGGAUUCAGAACAUGUGCAGAUGCGCGCCACCGCCAUACCGAGGAACUUCAUCGCCUGCGCACUGCCGAAGCUAACUUUCCAAACAAAGGAAGGAAGGAGAGAUCCCGGAUGGCCAAGGAGAACAGCAAGGCAGCAUCGGUGGACGUUGGCACUCCAGGAGAGGAUAGGGACGUGGAUGGCGAUGAAGACGGUAGUGAGGAUGGUGUUAGUGAUGACGAAAUAACCGUUGAAUUUGUAGAUGGCCAGGCGUUCGAAGCCACUAUCAAACCACCGACGCAGGCCCAACAAGCGGAGGCAACGGUUGGACAGCAAACGACUGAUGUACAAGACACUCCCCUCCCAGAAGACAUUCUCCAGGCCCAAUUUGGACGUGCAUGGACUCACAAUGAGCAGAUUCUAGUAUGUCCAUGUGGUAUUAUUCUCGCUCGCGAGACCUUUCUGUUUGCGGAGUCGAUGCCUGCCUGUGCGGAUUUCAUCGAGCGGACGUUCAAACAACAUCCCUUCCCAGACCAUAUCAUAUUCGAUAACAAUUGCAAUCUUGCCAAACACGUCAAGGAUCGCGAUGCGUUCAAGAACACGGGCCUUGCUGUUGACGUCUUCCAUUUCAAGUGCAAGCAUUCAAAAACCGACACCUUCUGCCAAGAGCACUGCAAUCCUCAUCUCUUUCCAGAGCUGCGUGGAGAAGGAGGGAAGGAAUGGUAUUUCAACACGUCAAUCGCAGAGCAAACCAACGCAUGGCUUGGUGGUUUCCAAUCUAUCUGCCGUGAAAUGACGCCGGAGCGCUACGACUUUUUCUUAGACGAGAUGAUCCUCAUGCGAAACAGGUAUAUGAUGCAGAAGCUCAAACGAAAUCCAAAUGUAAUUAUCUAUUCAUAA